GUUAUCAGGUCAGUGGUCCUCCACUGGGGGUCAGCUGUGUGACUACCGCUUCAUUGAAGAGAUGAAGACCUGGAAAGAAGCCCAGGAGUACUGCAGAACGUACCACACUGACCUGGCCACCGUGUCCAACCAGGGAGACAUGAAGAGACUCCAGCAGCUUAACCAAUCCGGAGCCUGGAUCGGGCUGCAGAGAGACUGGCACUGGUCUCAGUCCGGGGUGGAGUUCAGAGAUAGUAACUGGUCUUCAGGAGAGCCGAAUAAUCAAUACAAUAAGGAGAACUGUGUGCAGAUGUAUAAUGACGGCAAAUGGAAUGACAUCCAUUGUGCUUACUACUAUAAAUGUAUCUGCUAUGACGAAAACAAGAUAUCAGGCAACAGAUUUCAUGUCAGUGAUUAUAGCAUGAGCUGGCGAGAGGCUCAGAACUACUGCAGAGAACGUUACACAGACCUGAUCAGUGGAGUCCAGCAGCUGGAGGACUUCAAGACCCAAUUUAGUUAUUAUGGAGAAACAUUCUGGAUCGGCCUGUUCAGGGACUGGAGCUGGUCUGAUGGGAGCAGGUUCUCUUUCAGACUCUGGGAUGAACAUAAACAAGACCCUAAGAAGACCUGUGGUAUGACUACAUCAGGUGGAUUCUGGUCUGAUGACUGUAAUAAAACCAAAACCUUCUUCUGCUACGACGGUGAGUCCAGCACCAGGUCUCUGACGCUGGUCUUCAUCUACAUCUGCUCCAUUUACUCUGUUAAAACCAGUUCAAUUUCAUCUGUUCCAAGAACUCACCACCACAAU